CCCGCCACCCGACUGCCUCUUCGUCAACGGGCAGUUUCUAAGGCGAUCCAGUGAACGAGCUGUCGAGACGUGCAAGACGGAGGCCGGGGCCGUGUCACAUCUAGACUGGCAAAACGCAUUUGAGGCAGGGCUCUGCGCGCAGUGAUAGGAUCUACCCCACUAUUCUGCACGUUGCCCUAACCGCUGUCCCACCCUCGUUGCGCGGUUUAGUUUCCCCCACGUCGCGUGCAUUCCGCCUGCUCUCUCUCUCUCUCUCUCUCUCACUCUCCUCUCUCUCUCUCUCUCUCUCUCUCACUCUCCUCUUUCUCUCUCUCUCUCUCUCCUCUCUCACUCUCCGCACCCUCUUCAUUUUCUUCUCACUCCCCGCUAUUCGCCAUCAGGAAACCCCUUGUGUCCGCUCCUUGCGCGCGGCUCGGCACAAACGAACGGGGCAGUUUUCAUACGACGUGUCCUUCCGUCAAAUCGCCGAGAAAGAGAGAGACAGAGAGGAGAAGAAAGAGAGAGCGAGGGAGAAAAAGAUAGGGAGGGAGAAAGAGAGAGAGAGAGAGGAACGCACACAAAUUGCGGUGUAAAUCUGCUGCAACGGCGUGUGACGGACAAGGCUGAAAGUGCGACCGAAACGAACGAUAGAAUUAAAGUGGCGCGAUCCCCGCUACGGUCGGCCGACACGGGAAUUCCUUCUCCGGAAAACGGUUGAUUGAAGUGCGAACGAUUUCUGUUUGUUCCGACUGCUCUCCCCUCAAAAAGACGAGAUAGCAUCCCGCAAGCGUAAUUAGCGAUAAGGGAGAGUUGUCGCUCUCCAAGGGAUUCCUCUCACAAUCAGUGUUUCCUUCUCGCAAUAUCAUGUGGAAUGUGGAUCUUCCAGGGCCGAUGCACCGUGUCAUGAUUACAGAUAGCCUCCCAAAGAUAAAUCUAUUUUUCGCAACGUGCUGCCCCACAUUGGAAAGUCAAUUGCUUCAGUUUUCGUACAAAAACUCCGCCUAAAGCGUAGUCUAUUUUCGCUUUUCGCGCUCGUCCGAGGCAAAUGAGACGGAAUCCGCAUAUAAAUGGAAUCUCCCUUGUCGGGAAGACGAUACGUAAAAGUCGGAAGUUCUUCAGUAAGGAGGUUGCAAAAAAAAAAGCAAUCAUGAAUAUAAAUGUUCCGUCGUACUUUGAGAAUCAGACGGACGCGCCGGAUGUCCUUGUUGGUUGAGAUGCAGCCGUGCGCUGCGCAGAAACGGCGUAGCGUUAUCGAGAAGCACAAAAGCGAUAAGUAAGAUGGAGAUCCGUCAAAUAUGAACAAGAAUUUAAAAUGACGCAUCGAAUGUAGAAUGAUUCGUCACGCGUAUGACAUUGUGCAAUUGUUAUCAGGAAAUAAAUCAUUAAAGCUUACUCAUGUAUUACAAAGAAAUAGAUUAUCAAGAUAAGAGACGAAGAUAGAGAAAGAAAAAGAGAGCGAUAUUUCGCUGAACGAGGAAAGAGGAGAUUGGAUCGAGCCGAGAAUCACGUGGUUUAUAUAGUUCAACACUACGAAUGCUAUAUUACGCUGAUUACAAGACCGAACACGUGGCAGCUUUAUAGACUUAUACGCUGAAGAUGGUGCUUGACGAACAAUGCGCGCUGUUCCGCCAAUGAGAAUCGAAUGAGAGAAAUCACGCUGAAGAAAUUGAAGAUGAUGGUGGACGGACAGAGAUUUGUACGUGAUUCGUGCUUUUAAAUCGAUAAUACUUCAACACGCGCCCAUCUUCGCAUCAUGGGGAAUGGCAUGAACAAGGUACUUCCUGGUCUUUACGUAGGUAAUUAUCAGGACAGCAAAGACGCCGAUCAACUGGAGCGUUUUGAGAUCACGCAUAUUCUAGCCAUUCACGACACAGCUCGCCGUUUACACUCUGAUAAGCAUUAUCUAUGCAUUUUGGCCGCCGACAGUCCAGAUCAAAACUUAUCGCAGUACUUCUCUCUGUGCAACGACUUUAUUCAUGCCGCCCGUCUUCGCGGUGGAAAUGUUCUGAUUCAUUGUCUGGCAGGAAUGUCGAGGAGUGUAACAGUAGCGGUGGCCUACAUCAUGAGCACCACCAAUCUAUCCUGGAAGGAAGCGCUCAAAGUCGUUAAAGUAGGUCGCUCCAUCGCAAAUCCGAAUGUCGGUUUUCAACAGCAGCUCAAGGACUUUGAAGCUAGCCGCUUGCAGGAGGAGCGUCGCAGAUUGAAAGAACGGUUUCCCAGCCUCGCCCUCUCCGAAUCCGACGCUGAGGCUUGCAGUUCCACUUUGAUAAAUUAUGAAACAUUAGCUCUCGCCAAAGAAGUGUGCGAGGGAAAAUGUGCCAUGGGACGCACUUGUCCGACCGGCCUCUGCCGACAGGCUUCUAAGAGGACUACGAGAAGAAAAUCGUCCACCAGCAGUAUUGGAAGCGCGUCCGGCAGGACACCGCCGCAAACACCCCGGAUGCUACCGUCCGCGCCGCCCUCGCCAGCUUUGCACAGAUCAGCCAGUGUUGUGUCUACAUCGAGGCCGAGAAGCGGACCGGCAGGAUUGCACUCUUACACUGGAGGAUCCGCUCCACCUUCCAGGGCUGUGUCGAGGGUGGAUCUCUCGGCGGCGGUCGCCUGCAGUAGUAGCAACGCUAAUAUCUCCGUCGUGGGUAGGUCGAGCGCAUUUUCGAGCAGCAGUUGGCGACUGACCGCCGGCUCCGCGCCAAACACGCCGAGGCCGACGCCGCCGGUCUCGCCGCAACGCUGGCCGAGACGGCUCUCGAAUCGGCAAACACCGCAAUUACCGAUGCUGCCGACGGAGACACACCCCUCCUCGUUGACGUAGCAUCGGGAGAAGCGCGAUUCGCUGUCGAGCCUGAUGGAGUAACAAACUGAAGGGGAGAUCGGCGAACCGCACGAAAAUUCUGCCGCCAUUAUUAUGCAUUCUCUACUAUUGGCAAAAUCAAUUGCAAAUUCAUCGUGAUUCCGGCAAGAUCAUUCGUAAGAAGGCUUCAAGCAGGAAGACAGAGAGUGCCCCGAUAAGGAUGUCUUUGAGAAUUAUACAAUUAUGACAAUGUGCCUGUUAAUGUCUUGCAAUGCGGAAAACUCGCGGAGAUUUAGUGGAAUUCCUUGGGAUAAGUUGGCGGAAUUCGUUAAACUAUCGCGCGUAAAUCAGGAUGAAUGUGCUCGGGUGAGAUGACGGCACGCCGACUCGAUUAUCAUGAACUCAUCGAGCCGGCGAGAGAGAAAAACAUCGACACAUCGAACGCGCGUACUGCAUUGCCGAGAAUCGUUGGUAAUAUCAACCUAUACAUGUUGUUACAAGUUGUUGCUUAUACUCGACGAGAAAGUGCUUUUAUCACAGACGGAACGGAAACGAUGAAACUUCUUUCGUACACAUCGGGAACACUUCGUAGUUUUAAGUGAGUUAACUCUCACGCUCCAUAAUUAGGCUUUGACCUCGAGUUAAGUUUCGGAGAAGUAUGAGAAAGAAAAUGUCACCGACGGAGUCUAUCGCUGACAAUCUAUCAUUUCAAUAUAUCACGAAGGUAACUUGAGCUGAGUCUGCACAACUGCAAAACGAUUGAUCCGAAUUGAGCGAAGUAAUGAAAUGGAAAGAUUAAUGUAUUCGGGUCGCGAAAUUAAUCCUUUGGGAUUUUAUCGAUUACGGCGCGAUAAUUGCGUGUAAUUAAGGGCCGGCAGGCCAUUUCGCGCUUUUACGAUAUCGUUCAAUCGUGCUAAUAAUUAAUGCGUUCAUUAAUGAUCCUUGCCCCCAAUUUUUCCCCCAGAGAUAAUAUAUAAAUCGUUAGCGAGUAAUUAUCGGUUGUGAGCAAUGUGUUGCUCAAAGCAGCAAUCGUGCGACAUACAAUACCGUUCCCAAAGGAUUAAUUAAAAUUAAAAGUAAAAUUAUGCAUAGCCGAUCGUGCGAAUGUUCGAAUCUUUUUCGGUAAUUUUGAAACAAGAGAAUUAACGCAACGUGAAAGAAUUCGCAUCAGGAAAUAUUUUUUGGUAGAAUUUACGGCGUGAGCGAGUGAGAGAGAGAGAGAGAGAGAGAGAGAGAGAGAGAGAGAGAGAGAGAGAGAGAGAGAGAGAGAGAGAGAGAGAGAGAGAGAGAGAGUGUGUGUGUAGCAAAAGAUAUAGAUAAUUUCGACGACGUGCUGAGAAAGCGAGAGUACGUAAAAUGUAGGCAGGUAAGCUUCUGGAUCCUCACGCGAUUCAGAAAUUACUUUACGAAGGACCGAAUGAAAGCCGGUUCGCGUGAUUAUGUUCACAAUGAAGAGAAAUGACGAAUCUUCUCGUUCCACUAAUCUAUUCCAUUAAUUUCGUUCGCAACCGUCCAUACGAUUGUUGGCUUUUUAGCGAGAUCGCACUAUUUUAUCGCAUGUUGUUAAAACUAAAAAAAAAAAAAAAAAUAUAUAUAUAUCUACAUACACAUACACACGUUGGAAAUAUACAUUGUUGUGCGAAGAGCUUUCAGAGAAUUUUAUAAACGCGCCGAUGAUGGCGCGAUUAUAUUAUUAUAUGAGUAAAAUACUAGGCAUUAGGCAAAACCGUUGUUGUUGUUCUCCCAGCACGAGCACCAGUCGUUUAUGAACGAGUCGAGAUUUAAGAUAACGUCGCUUCGGUCUCCCCUCAGUAUUAUUAGAAUGCAUGAUAAGAUAAUGUAGAUCGUUUUUUAAUCGUUUUAUCGCAUAUACUUCCGUGUACAUAUGAAAAACUGUGCGUCGCGAUAAAUUCGAUGUAUAGACAUCAUCACAGUAGUCAUUCGUUAUCAAAUAUUCAUGCUACAAAUUCGACACAUUUUUUAACGAAACGUAUGCUAUUCAUAAGCAGGAUUGGAUUAAUUCAUAAAUUUUUUGGCAUCGGCAAAUUUCAAAGAUAUUUCUUUCAAAUCAGAAACAUUAUUUAUCCAUGUGACAAACUAAAGCGAAAACCAAUGCUUCAUAAAAAAAUAAAUAUAUUGAAAUUGGUUAUGAUACGUAUAAGCGUACAAAAUAAAAAUCAAUGAAUUUAUUAAAUGUAACACUUAAGCAAAUAAUUAAUUGAAAAUUAUUUUAUGGCAUUCAAAAGUAUAAAAACUAAACAAUUUAAUUGAACGCGAUAGCCUAUCGAUACGUUAAUUGCAACAUUUCUUUCGAAUAUUACGUACCAAUGUCAUAUGUGAUAUUUAUAUUAGUUAGUUUUGUCAAUAUUAAUACAAUAUCACUGUUUACAAGCCAAGAUAAGGCACUUAAUCAUGAAAAAAGGUAAAAUAAUCUCGUUAAUCUCACGAAAUGCGUGAGGUGUAUUGAAAUAUCUCUAAAAUGUACCUAAAGUUAAUUAUUCAAUAAUUUAUUAAUCAUCAUACAGGGCAAAUAGCUAAAUACAAUCCUGUUCGCGACAGAGGGAGGAAUUGAGAUUUGAGAGAGCGGAUGAUUAUUACGAGUUGCUCUAUAUUCUAUCAACGAGUAAGCAUCGAAGAAAUUGGCGUUACUCGAAUACGGAUUUUUCCGCGACACGCGCAACCAAGAGUCAGUUUUAAACGAUUCACGAGAAAGCAGGAGCUACGAAAAAAAAAAAAAAAUAAAAA